AUGGCGCCUCUGAAAACUCUGAGAAGAGUUACAAGGGCGACACUACCCCGAUUUCAUCGCAUGCUCCUUUCCGCUUCCCCCUCGAGAACCUCCAAACCUCCCCAUCCCGUUACAAUCCACUCAGAUCAAGAUAGACUCGACACUCUCUUUUCUUAUACCUCUGGACGCUGGCUAUGGGACGAGGCAGCUCAGCUUCGUAAACGGUACCAGCCCUUCAAUGUCGAAGAACUCAAACAAACAGCCGCCAGAUCAGUCAAUGCGGAAUUCUGCGUCGAAAUAACGAAAUUACCGGAAGGCUCAUACAACAAAACCUUUCUAUUGACAAUGGAUAAUGGCGUCCAGGUCAUUGCGAAAAUUCCCAACCCUUACAUCCCUCAAAAAUUCGUUACAGCCAGCGAAGUUGCCACGCUUGACUUUCUUCGUAACGAGCUAGGUAUACCUGUCCCGCGAGUCUUUGCUUGGAGCAGCAAGGAAGACCAGCCUGUGGGAGUCGAAUAUAUCAUCAUGGAAAAAGCUGCUGGCAAUGAGUUAAGCAAAAGUUGGUCCACUAUGGAUAUAUCGGAUAAGGUGGACAUUGUGUCUCAGUUGGCCAAUAUUCAAGCCAAAAUAGCCGCUGUCGACUUCGGUCAUUAUGGAAGCUUGUUCUAUAGAGAGGAUAUUGAGGGUGGCAUUAAUGUCCCUGGAAUAGCUGAUCAGUUUUGCAUCGGCCCCAGCUGUGAUAUACGAUUUUGGGAAGAGGAGAGGAGAUUCAUGAGCGCGUUUAGGGGCCCUUGGUCGUCGUCUGAGGCGUAUGCGAUAGAUAUCGCCAGGCGAGAGAAAGAAUGGAUUGCCCGGUUUGCAAAUCCUCGUCAUCCGGCAGACCCGUUGAGACAGUCAGAUAGCCAAGAGUCUCCCGAUUGUCACAUUAAACUCCUCGACAAGUAUCUGAAAGUUGUGCCUCAUUUGAUACCAUCACAUCCAGGUCAAAAUCGGUCUGUACUUUGGCACUCUGAUUUACACUUUGGGAAUAUAUUUGUAAAGGAAAAUCAGAUUGUCAGCAUCAUUGAUUGGCAAGGCUGCUCAAGUCUUCCCGUUUUUCAUGCCAGCAGGAUACCGAAAUUCCUGAAAAUUCAUGGGCCCUUGCUUUUCGACCUUCCAUCAGCCACGGGCCUCACGCCACAAGAAAAAGAGGAAAAUCUACGGAGAUACCAUCUUACACAACUACAGAGGCUCUAUAUUUCCAAAUUCUGCGAAAUUGACAAUGACGUCUUCUCUGCUCUGUCGUUUCCUCAAGCUUUAACGCGACAGCAGCUCAUCGAUUUUUCAGGAUACACAUGGGAUGACGAUGGAUUGUUUUUGUUUCGAGAGAUGAUGCUUCGGACAUUGCGCGAAUGGAUGGAAUUAACUGGCCAGCCCCAGUCCUCUUGUCCUGUGACAUUCGACACCGAUGAGCUUGCGUCUCAUGUUGCCGAAGGGAAGAGCUGGGAAGAUCGCAGGGAGCUAUUCGGUACCCUUGGAGUCCCCAUUGACGGCUGGGUUCAUCUUGAAGACUUCGAGGAAAAGGUGGAAACAAUGCGUAAUCUAGUGAGUUCGAUCAUAGACGCCGCGGAUGACAAGGAUGGCGUAAAAGACGCACUAAGAGCUUGGAAACUGUCGGAGUCGGGGCCUGCCAGCCUAUCGGGUAAUCUGAUGGAUAUCUAG